AUGAGUUUUAUCAACCGUUUCCCGUCCCCUAAUGACGAUAUUAUUCCAUACUUGCACGAAGCUGGUUUAGGUUACAUUGGCACCGUAACUAGUGGUAUAAAGUUGCACCCUCCAUUGAUAAACGCGUUGAUUGAACGGUGGAGAUUGGAGAUGCACAUAUUUCAUUUUCCUUGUGUGAAACCGAUUAUUACCCUUGAAGAUGUUGCAUACCAUCUUGGGCUGUCUAUUGGAAAUCCUAUUACCGGUAUGGUUCAUGAGAACUGGGGAACCUUGUGUGAGGAACUGCUCAGAGUUACUCCGAUGGAGGAGGAUUUGGAUGGAGGGAAGAUCUACAUUAAAUUUUUGGGCGACAAUUUUGUGCAGCUCCCCAUCGAUGUUGCUCCAAAAAUUAAAUAG